CUACCGUAUAAUCGCCACGAUGAAGCGUAAAGUGGGAGCACUGGAAAAGGUGGACGCGGAUUUGCCCAAUUUGCAGCAUAAGAUCAAGAUCGAUCCGACGUCGUAUCGCGAGGACUUUGUGGCGCAAUAUGGGCAAUACCGCUCGCUGCUCGAACUGUUCCUCGCCUCGCCCACCACCACCGACGACACGGGCGUCGUCAAGCUGCGUGAUCUGAUCGACUUUGUGUCGCACGUGGCCGACUGCUACCCGACCCUGACGGCGUCCUUCUCCGCCGACCUCAUCAGCCUCAUCGAACUUCACCACGCGGCAUUGGACCACGAGUUGAGAGACAAGAUUGUCGGCAGUCUGGUGCUGUUGCGGAAGAAGGACAUCAUCGACUCCAACACGCUGCUCAAUACCCUCUGGCCGCUGCUCAUCUCCACACCCUCGAAGGCUCUGCGAGCACUCCUAUUCCAGAAGAUUGUGUCCGAUCUGCGAACAUCCAACAGCAAGAGCAAGAACCACCGAUUGAAUCGCAACAUUCAGACCGUAUGCUACAACCUCAUCGCAUCGGAUCCAACGUCGCCCAAGGGCUUGUGGGCCGUCAAGCUGACGAGGGAGUUAUGGAAGCGAUCGGUAUGGACAGAUGCCAAGGCUGUCAGCAUCAUGGAAGUGGCAGCUCUAGCACAGGAUGCCAAGGUCGUCACUUCGGGCGUGCGCUUCUUCCUGGGUUCCGAUCAAGAAAGAGAGGCGGCAGAAUUGGAGGAGAGUGACGACGAGAGCGACAUUGAUGUGGGCAAGAUCAAGCAUCAGGCUGGAAUCAACAAGAAAUCGAAGAAGAGAGAAAAGGACAUCGCGGCGGCCCAGGCCAAGGUCAAGCGGAAAGAGAAGCGGAAGAAUGCACAUCAAGCUCUGAACUUCUCGGCGCUACAUCUUCUACACGACCCACAAGGCUUUGCCGAGAAGCUCUUUCAGCAACACUUGCAGCCCACCACUCCCAAAGUCAAGCUCAAUCUUGAGCAGAAGCUUUUUGUGCUGCAGCUGGUCUCACGAUUGGUCGGUCUUCACAAGCUAUCUCUGAUUCCACUUUACUCGUGGUUCAUCAAAUUCUUGUCACAUAAACAACCCUCCGUCACAUCUUUUCUGGCAUCGCUGGCACAGGCAACACACAGCUUAGUACCCCCGGACGUGCUCGAACCCUUGGUCGUAAAGAUCGCGAACGAGUUCGUGUCCGAGGGCUCUGCGGCGGAAGUAUGUUCGGCGGGACUGAAUGGUAUCAGAGAAGUUUGCGUGAGACAACCGCUUGCGAUGACUGAGACUCUCCUGCAAGACUUGGUCCAGUACAGGAAAAGUAAAGACAAGGGUGUGCAAAUGGCAGCGAGAGGGUUGCUCUCGCUGUAUCGAGAAGUCGGAGCCGAGAUGUUGAAGAAACGAGACCGUGGGCGAGACGCUGCCCUAGGUCUGCGAGUUGGCAACAAUGCGAGCGCUAAAUUCGGCGAAGAGGAAGUUGGUGGCAUCGAGGGUCUGGAGCUACUAGAGAAGUGGAGAGAAGAGCAGGGCAUUGGUGAGGCAGAAGAUGCCGAGAACUGGAAGAACUGGGAAGCCGAGCAGAACGACAGUGAAAGUAGUGGUGGCUGGAUUAAUGUCGAAAGUGACGGCGAAGAGAUUGAUAUUUCAGACUCCGAGGACGAGAAGGACAAGUCAAAGAAAGACAAAACGAAGCUAAAUGCUGCAGACAAGGAAAACCAAGAUGAUGCAUCUAGACGAACGGCAUCACUAGGACCAGACGGAGCUGCAAUCAAAGAAGAGGCCCGACUAUCGACCCUUGCAAUGACACACAUUCUCACACCUGCCGAUCUGGUCAAGCUGCACGAGCUCCGCCAGUCCGCUGCCGUGCAAGCUGCGUUACCCGCGAACAAACGUCGCAAACUCACAUCCGGACCCCUUCCCGCCUCUUCACGUCAUGCAGAUGACGCUAUCACAGCAGCAAACAUCGAGGGCCUUGCCAAGCUGUCCCACAAAGCCGAUCGCGCAGAAAAGAUUGCCAUGGCGAAGGGCGGCUCAAUCGAUCCCAAGACUGGAAAAUUCGUUCGCGAUCAUGAGAAUGAUCAUCGUUCUACUACUGCUCGCCGGAAGGAGAAGAAGGAAAGUGAGGGUAAGAGUACGACGAAUAAAGAGAAGGCGAGAAAGAAGAAUUUCUUAAUGACGCUGGGUAAAGCGAAGAGGAAAGGGAAGCGAUCUCUGGUGGAAGAGAGGGCGAUUCUAAAAGCGCAUGUCAGUCGGAAAGCCAAGGGUGGGAGACGUGGUAAUAGAAAUUUGAAUUAGAUAUGGGUACCUAUGUCAUCCGCAGUGGUCAGUACAUGCCAAGCAUGACUGAGGGAGAGCCCCC